GUGUCCCUCCUGGAGGCCGCGUUUCAAAGAACGCACUACCCUGAACUGCUGGUUAGAGAAAAACUUGCUGAGAUUACCGGCCUAUCGGAACCGAAAAUUCAGGUAUGGUUUAGCAAUCGGCGUGCUAGAUGGCGCAAACAGGUAAUCUUCAAGUAUACCUUUGGUGGAGAAGACUCCGUGGCUACUCCCGUCCUCCCCUCGCUGUCAACCUCAAAUACCGAGAAGGAGACUGCUGUAAGCACAACCUCCGAAGUGGCCAAUGAGAAGGCGGGAUCAGACAACCAGAAUGCAUCGAUGGAGCUCAAAGGCAACCAGGAGCCCCCUACAUACAAUCUCAACAUGCCUCUUCUUCCCUGGAAUCCCAUUAUUCAAGGAUUUUUAUUCUCAGGGGAUGCUCAAUUUCCACCGAUCACACUGCCGGAACAAGCGAAAAAAUCUCCCACCACGGGUCCCGAGGCAAACGUAUUAUCAGCGAUGAGUCAUGCACCGAUGGAUUUCUCCCUUUCCGCUUCCCAUCCUCCUCCCCCUCCUCUACCGCCGUCUGCUCUGGAGAAAUUGUCCCUUAACGACAGUGCAGCCAAUCGAUCGCAUGCCGCUCCGAUAUCACCAGGCGGAGCAGUGGACCUUCCGCCACCUCAAUGGAUGAUGAACCCGUUUAUGGCCAGCGUGAGGACUUACUACGGACCGCGCGCUGGAAACUGA